AAUAAUAAAUAUUGAAGAAUGUGCUUAAUAUUAAUAUCUAUAAAAAUAAAAAUAUGAAUAAAAAUAUAUAUUUCACAUAUAAUUAGACAAAAAUUUAAAAGUAUGGAAACUCAAGAAGAUUGUACAAUUAGAAGGGGACAAUCUAUUCGACGUUAUCAAAAUGAUUUCAAAUCUGAUGCACGUACUUCAACUUCAAUGAUAAUAAAUCAAUCACAAUACAUAAAUAUUGGAAGAUCUAUUGUAAGAAUAGCUAUAUAUUUAACAACUGGAAUUUUUUUAACAAUGGAUAUUGAAUCUAAUUCUACUGCACAUCAAAUCCUUACAAUGAUACAGUCAGAAGGAGAGUUAGGAUUAACAAGAAUCCCUUCAUUCACUGGUCAAACAGUUUUUGCCUUAUGGCUUUGUUCUUCAAGAUUAGAGGUUCAAUUACGUCCGAAUCACAAACCUAUAGAAUUGGCUGCAAAAUGGAAUCGUUUAGUAAAAAAAUAUAGUUCUCAAAGAGAAGAAACAGAUGAAGAACCUUUGCUAUGUCUUAGACGAAAUGUGUUUCUUUCUCGAUCAGAUGAGGAGCAAAUAAAAGAAAUUAAAGUAUUAGAAUUAUUAUAUGCAGAAGCCAGAAAUAAUGUAUUGCAAGGACGUUAUCCAUGCGAAGGACAGGCACGAUAUGCAAGUUUGGGAGCUUUGCAAGCACGUAUUGAACUGGGUCCAUAUAAUCCUCAAAAUCAUACAUUAGCAUUUUUUAGAAGAUAUCGUGGUCGAUUCUUGCCUCAUCAUUAUACAUCUCCUAGUCUCUUAUUAGGAUUAGGUGUUGGUUUAGGCCUAGUUGGUGGAAAAGGAGCACCUGAAGCUCGCUUACUUGAACAAUACAAACGAAUACCUAAUCACACAGGAACUAAUACGAAUUCGAGGAAACUAAUUAGAAAAUACUUAGAGUUUUGCUGGAAUUUACCAUGUUAUGGUGCGGCUUUUUUUCAAGGACAAAUUGAACGUCCUGUAAGAAGUCUUGCAUCUUGGAUUACAAAUCGUGAUAUGUAUAUACUCAUUGCUAUUAAUUCAUCAGGAGUAUAUAUCGUAGACGAUAUUCAAUGUAGUUUAUUAUUGGGUCUAAGAUAUUCAGAGUUAAGUUGGGAAAUGGCGAAACCUUCAGAUGAAAAUAAUUCGGAUUGUCUACCAUGUUUAUUUCUACAGUUUCCUGUGCGAGAAAAUGGAACACAAGUUUAUAAAAUUCUACAAGUAUUCUCAAGACAAGCAAUAAUGAUGGAUAUAUUAAUUUCUGGCUUUGCUGAAGAACAUCGUCGUCAUAGAAGUAAUAAUGAUAUUACGAAUAGUGAUCGUUUAACAGACCAUAUGAUUGGUUCUAAUACUGGAAGUUUUACUAAUAAACUUAGUAAAUUUACAUUAGCCACUUUUGAUGAUGAAGGUCGAUGUAUUGGACAAAUGGGUUCUUGGUCCUUUCAAUAAAAUAAAUUGUUUAUACUAUAUAUCUGUUUUUUUUCAAAAAUACAUUAAACUUUCUUUAAUUAUCGCAAGAUGUGGAUUUUGUUGUAAAUUAUUUAUCAAC